GAGACAAGCGGACGAAGAUCGAGGUCAUGGUCACAAAGCAAAAGAUGCUUUCCAUGGACACGAAGCUGCGCUGGGUUAGCUCAGAGAUCCAGCUAGCUGAUGGAGUCACCAAAUCCUCAACAAGGCAGCUGUUCGCCGACCGUUUGAGGAGUCACCAAAUCUCCCUACGGUCAGACAUGACCUUCCAGGCCGCCAAGAAGAAGACUCUGGCUGAACGGCAGGCCAAUGCUCGCAAACAUGCGAUCAGUCGAUCAGGGAAUCGACACAGCCUGGACUACAUGAUCCUCACCUCGCAGAUGAUGAUGGUGCAAGCCAUGCAGCCUAGCUUCGAGAUGGCCCUGGACUUCGCCUUCUCUCCUGAGAUGACCCUCACUCUCUUCAUCCUACUGAUGACCAUGGCGGAGACAGCUCUCGAAAAGAAUAUAUUUGGCCUCCUCAAGAUGGAAAUCACACGACUUCAACAAGACCUACGAAAUUCAGAUGCCUACAACGCCCAGUUCAAAGACCAGCUCGACGCGCUGGAGGGCGAGAACAACGAAUUGCAGAAAGAAGUGGACGACCUCACCCUGAUGCGGACUAUCUGUCAGUGUGGACUACAAGAACAGGCAGCAAGUACCAAGGCCUUUCUGGGGCCGAUGCUGACACGAUGA